AUGGAUUCUGAUAUUAAGAAUAUUGUCCAACAUUGUGAAAUACGUCAGAAAGUACAAGCUAAAUCAUCCUCAGCUCCACCUCAUGGUUGGAAUUGGCCUGCACAACAUUUGAACAGGUCACAUUUGGAUUUUGCUGGACCAAUUUUAGGACAUGGGUACUUAGUCGUAGUUGAUGCUUGUACUAAAUGGAUGGAUGUAUCCAUGAUGUCUUCUAUUACUGCAGACAUUAGUGAUAAUUAUCCAACCUUUACCAGUGAAAAGUUCAAGAAGUUUUAUGGGAAAAUCAUUCGUCAGCAAGUUGAUAAUAUAAGGAAGAGGUCAAUAGGUGAGGAAAAAGGAACAAAUUCCAUGGAAACAUUUCUCACUACUCCAUAUUCUCCUCCUACUCCUCCUCCCCCUGCUGCUCCUUCCCAUGCUUAUCCACGAGAUCGUAGCAGCCUUUUUCAUGCCAUUGCACAUCAACUUUCGAGUAAUGUAUUUGCCUCUGAUUUAAGAGCAAGAGUUGUAGCUUACUUGAGAUCCAAUCCUACAACUCCUGACGGCAGUCAUCUUUCUGACUAUAUUACUAGUGUCUCUGGUAAUACAUUGUCAUGGGACUACUACAUUUUAAGUUUAAGUGGUUGA